GUGGGCCUGUGCGGAAGAAGUGAAUGUUCUGAUGACGCUGGCCGUCGAUCCACGGCACGAAGCCUCCCAGAAAGGGCAACACGCAUUGUGUGGGAGGGUCGAAAAGUGAUCCACGGCUCCACCGUCAGCAAGUGGUGACCGUGAACCGGCUGCGAGCCGCUGGAUUCUUCCAGCGAUCCGGAACACCGCCGGGACCCUAAAACGCUUGCUGCUCACGUAGCAAGAUUUCCAGAUUCCCGUUAGAAAUCGCCACAUCUCAAUCCGCCGCAGCGGCGACAUUUGAGUCCCCGUUCAGCUUGGAUCGGACCGAGUGCGCUGGCAGAAGGGGCAGAGGAGGCGCAAGGAGAGCGACGAGGAAGAGAAGAUUAUGAAGCUAGAGGCCAACAUCCACCUGCAGCAGCAGCAGCAGCAACAGCUCGGAUCAUCGGCGGUUCAACAUCUCCUGGAUGAGAAGCCGCAGACGUCGGUGACAGUCGGUAGCGUCCUACAGCAUUUCACGCAGGUCAACAGCAUGAGCAUCGAGCUGUGCCUGGUGUGUGGCGAUCGCGCCUCCGGGCGCCAUUACGGUGCGAUCAGCUGCGAGGGCUGCAAGGGCUUUUUCAAGCGCUCGAUCCGGAAACAGCUCGGCUAUCAGUGCCGGGGGUCGAUGAACUGCGAGGUGACGAAGCACCACCGGAACCGCUGCCAGUACUGCCGGCUGCAGAAGUGCCUGGCGUGCGGUAUGCGCAGUGACUCCGUCCAGCAUGAGCGCAAACCGAUCGUCGACAAGAAGGAUGGCCAGUCGGGCCCGAACCCGAACAGCAAGUAUAACCCGCACCGGAACAAAGAGUAUCACCACCACCAGCAUCACGGCGAACAGAAAGCAUCAUCGGCAACGGCGGCUGGUUCCGUGUCGAUGGCAGCGGCAGCGGCGGCCGCAGCGGCCGCACCUUCCUUCCUCUCCUAUCUGCCCGGGUUCAGUUUGGCCGACUUUACGGCCAGCCUGAGCAAACAGGCCGGUGGUAACAACAAAUCACCCUCGUUGGGGCGUGAACCACAGCCACCGUCGCAGCAGCACGGUACGCAACAGCAGCAACAAGGCGGCCAAUUCGGUGCCGGCCAUCAGCUGUCCGCGCUUGGUUCAGCAGUCGGCACCGGACUGAGCAAUCCGUUCGGCAGUUUGCAAUCACUCAAGACGGAAGUUGGCGCAGAACGGCAGCAGCAGCAGCAGCAGCAACAGCAGGAUCUUUCAACGAGUGCGGCCGAUUCGAUUGCGGCCCUUAUCGGACUGAACACGUCGGCGGCGGCGGCUGCUGCUGCAGCGGCCGCCAUCUCCGGCCAUGUCGGGACGAUGUCUGGGGCGGGUUCCGGCCCGUCUGCGCUUCUCGAUUCCGUCCACGCGGCGGAUGGUUGUGGUGCUGGUGGUGGUGGUGGUGGUGGGCUUGCGAUGCGCAAUCUUUCCGCCAGUACCACCACCUCCUCCGGUGUAUCAUCGGGUGGUGGUGGUGGUGGCGGCGGUGUGUCUGCCGGUCCCUUCUCAGCACACGCCAUGGAUACCAGUGACGCAAGUUCCGUCGACAAAACGCUUAUCUGCAGCUCCCUCGAGUUCAUCCAGAGCCUGGAGCAGGAACUGAACAGCAACCUCAACAACAACUACGGCAUCAAAUCGGAACUCAGUAAUGGACGCGGUGACGACGAUGACUGCCACGGCGGUGGUUUUGACUUUGGUGAUGGUGGCCUCGGCGGCGGCCUAGUGCUGACCGAAAACUGUGUCCCUUUCGACAUCCAGGUCCCGAACGUGCUGCCCAACUAUCUGGGGGUGCACUACGUGUGCGAAACGGGUUCGCGGGUGCUUUUCGCGACCGUACAUUGGAUGAAGAAGAACCAUCUGUUCCAGUUGCUCAGUGAAAGCUUCCAGGGAGAGCUGGUUCGUCAGGUGUGGCCAGAGCUGUUUAUGAUCGGGCUAGCGCAGAGCAGUGGUCAGCUGUCGUUCAACACGAUCAUGCUGGCGCUCAUCCAGUACAUGAAAACCGUUAUCCUGAACAAAAAGUACACCGGUGAAGUGGUCAGCUACCUGAUGAAGUACAUCCUGCUGGUGCAGGAGUUUGUGAACGAUCUGCAGAAGCUCAACCUUACCGAUCAGGAGUACGCCUAUCUUCGGUUGUUGUCCAUUUUCAACCCCGAUAACAUCCUGCAGGAUAAUGGGAAGAAUCAGCAUCUGCUAAAAAUCCAGGAAAUGAUACUGGGAUCGUUCCGCGAGUACUACCGUGGCAAACACUCGCGGCUUGUGAGUAGCGAAAGUGAGGAAAAUCUGCGAGCCACGGCCAGCGGUGCAGACGACGAGGACGACGACGACGAGUACUACAGCGAGCGCAGCCAACAGCGGCAGCAGCAGCGUAACCUGCGCCAAGCCCAGCACGAGCAGCGACUGAUGAAGCUCUUGCUCAAGCUUCCCACACUUCGGGCACUCAACUCGAAGCGCGACCUGGAGGAUCUGUUUUUCAGUAAUCUGAUCGGUCAAGUCCAGAUCGACAGCGUCCUGACGUAUGUGCUGCAGACCAAUGAUGGUGCGGUAUCGUUUGCUCAUUUGGUCCAGAAACAGUUGCACAAUCCCUCCAACAACAACAACAACGGUUCCAUUCCAUCGGCAAUGGACAGUGACGAGUGAAAACCAGUGAUGAAUGAGGGGAACAGAUAGUAGAUGUCACUGUCGUUCCAUAAUCCGUCCGUUUCGAGCAGCGUGAGAACGAUUUCUAGGAAAAUGAUGAACAGGUUUAAGCAAGAAACUUUAAAAAUAACCACCGACAGUGCAUUACCAUAGGCCCAUUCGAUGGGCCUAUUGGUCAAACAAACCUUAAUGAGCUUGAAGAUAAAACAGUACCAAUAGUGGCUCUCGGUAAGAGAUGGCCGUUUCUUGUUGAUUUCGGCUUCGGUUUGUAAGGUUUUGCAAACGCACAAAGUAUGUUGGAACAGUGCAAUCCCUGAAAAUUUUCGAAAAUUUUAUUUUUUACGUUUAAGACCACUUUAUCCAGGCCCGCAUUACAAAGACUUCAUUCAGAGAUCAGUACCUUUUUACGUCAUGGGACACCAC